UAUUAACUCAUAUAAUGUAAUAUCUAUUGUAGUGAACAAGAACACCAGAGGGGACAAUCGAAUGUAUUUGACAUAAAAUUACAGGACUUGUUAAUAAAAUCGAACAAUCAUAAAGUAAGCGCUUAAUUUGAAAAAUGUCCAUCAAUUGUCUCAAAAUGACUCAGACUUCAUUGUUCUUGCAUUUUCAUACAAAUUGCAUCCUGUUUCGAUUCUUGACUGUUCGAUCCUCUUUGUCUCUUUGCUGUCAGACCUUCUAUUCACGACUGACAUCAUAUACUACUUAUGUCAAUAUAAGUAGCACACACCACACUCGUUCACCCUUUAAAGCAUUCGUUCUUGUGGUGGUUCACGCUUGCCGUGCCACAUUCUUCGUCGCUGCAGUCUGCUCUACGCUCUCCGACAAAAUGUUGAGUCUGUGGCCCACUGACCUCCAUAGCUCUGUCCAUCUGUUGGGGCACCAAGAUCCGACAUCCACCCGGCACCUGGGACGCUUAACACCCGUGCUCCACCGGCCUGCUGAGCCUUCUACAUCCGAUUUCCGCCAAGCAGCCGCACGUCCCACCGCUCCUCCCCAUCGACAGCACCCGCUACAGUCAAACCCGCUCCGCCAGAACACUCCACUCAGCGCCAACCCUACGCACCAGACUGCCUCAACUAGCACCUCAGCUCCAGGCCCGCAAUGGCGUCCGCAGAACACGGCUUGGGACAACCGAACCCACUUAACACAAAAUUACAGGACCGGUUAAUAAAAUCUAAUAAUCAAAUAGUAAAUACGUAGUUUGCAAAAUGUUCACCAAUUAUCUCAAAAUGACUCAGACUUCAUUGUUCUUGCAUUUUUCAUACAAAUUGCAUUCUGUUUCCAUUCUUCACUGUUCGAUCCUCUUUGUGUCUUUGCUGUCAGACCAUCUGUU